CGCUGCGGUCUGUGGGGCCGGAGCACCCAGGCUGCGCCUGCGCGAGAAGCAAAGGCCGGUGUCAGAGCGGGGCGUCCCCACGGACCGGCGGGGGGCGCUCCGCGGGAGCAGGGCGGAGGCUCGCGCAGCUGCCGACUCCUGUCCUGGGCCAGUGCGGGGGUCUGGGGGCCCGGGCUGGUGCCCCAUUCUCAUCCAUCACGGGCCUCCCGCGGGACGACCCCUCCUAGUCCCGGCGGCCCCGGCAGGUUUUCUAUCAGAUGUUCCACCGUAAGAAUGCUGGAGUUAAGAAGUCUCUGUUCCUUUGCUCCAAACCAGAAGACUUCGUUGCAUGCAUAUAGAGUAGGAGUAAUGUUGGUUAGAAACGGGCUGGUGUUGAAAACUGAAGGUUGUCAUGACUAUUUAACUCUAUGCUGAAGUACGAUUAAUUGUCUUGGAAAUACUUAGUUGGAAUACUUCAUCUAGUAGGACAAAUAGCCGAUUGGCCCUCAGAAAUCCAGUCUCCUUAUAUCAAGCUGAAGGUAACCUAAAUCUGUUUGGAACCAUGAAAAUUUUGCUGGUUUUUGACUUUGACAAUACAAUCAUAGAUGACAACAGUGACACCUGGAUUGUACAAUGUGCCCCAGAGAAAAAGCUUCCUAAUGAACUACAGGAUUCUUACAAAAAAGGAUUUUGGACAGAAUUUAUGGGCAGAGUCUUUAAGUAUUUGGGAGAGGAAGGUGUAAGAGAAGAUGAAAUGAAAAGAACAAUGACAUCAAUGCCUUUCACUCCAGGGAUGGUGGAGCUUUUAAACUUCAUAAGAAAGAACAAGGACAAAUUUGAUUGCAUCAUUAUUUCAGAUUCAAAUUCUGUCUUCAUUGACUGGGUUUUAGAAGCUACCAAUUUUCAUGACGUGUUUGAUAAAGUGUUUACAAAUCCAGCAGCUUUUGAUGGCAGUGGUCAUCUCACUGUGGAAAAUUAUCACGCUCAUUCUUGCAAUAGGUGCCCCAAAAACCUUUGCAAAAAUGUAGUUUUGGUAGAAUUUGUAGAUAAACAGUUACAACAAGGAGUGAAUUAUACACAGAUUGUUUAUAUAGGUGAUGGUGGGAAUGAUCUUUGCCCAAUAACCUUUUUAAAGAAAAAUGAUGUUGCCAUGCCACGGAAAGGAUAUACUUUACAGAAAACUCUUUCCAGAAUGUCUCAAAAUCUUGAGCCUAUGGAAUCUUGUGUUGUAGUUUGGUCUUCGGGUGUUGAAAUAAUUUCUCAUUUGCAAAUUCUAAUAAAGGAGUAAUAUGCCAACAAUUGAAA